GCUCAGAGAAGGCUGCACGCGCACGCUGCUGCACUUGAUAACACGGGAUAAGUUUCUACCCUGAAGGACGCUUCGGGUUAUUCUUCGUAUUUUAUUUUAUUUUUUUCCCCUUCAGAGGCAACAGAGAUGACAGUUGUGAAACUUUGAAAAGAAACUAACAUGUGCCCGAAAGCUGAUUCAUGUUACUGAGGGAAUAAACGCCAAGUGGAUAUUACACACCGGGCUCCGGACGCAGAGACUGGAGACUUUCAUGCUCACUUUAAACAUUCAUUUGUUUUCUCACAUUUCCUUGGACAGCUUUUAGUCUUUUCUUUUUGUUUUCACAGACCGCGAUUGUCAUAAUGCGACUUUUUCUGGCGUGUGCGACCUGUCAGGAACAAACAGAGCUGGUAAAAAUGUUACAAGGUCGUUAAAUUUAUUGGAACGUGACCACCGGAGAUGAACUUUCUCCGUAUUGAUUGCGGGAGCUCUGGUGAAUGAUUGACAGCAGAGGCUCGGCCUGGCGCACAAACUGGAUUUACCGUCAGGAGUUCAACUUGUUUUGUUUGAAUCAUUCUAGAGAAAAGAAGGAUCACAAUAUAACCCUGGCCCUGGUCCAUUCAGCAGAAGAAUAACGUUUUCAUCCAGGUUUCUGAGAUGAACUGAAGCUAACUUACCCUCCUCCAUUACUAUUUCAUUUCCGUUUUAAUGACUCUAAAUCGAUCACUUUAAACCAUGUUCUAUAGGCCUAUGGCAUCUACGGUGAGGCACGCGACGUGCAGCCCGGGGUUCCCGCGGCCCCUCGUGCUACUGCUGCUGCUGUUCCGGUGUCCUGGUCUCACAUUAGGAGCCUCCAAAGAUCUGGUGUGUGAGCCCAUAACUGUGCCCAUGUGCAAGGGCAUCGGCUACAACCUGACCUACAUGCCCAACCAGUUCAACCACGACACCCAGGAAGAGGUGGGGCUGGAGGUGCACCAGUUCUGGCCCCUGGUCCGGAUCCGCUGCUCUCCGGACCUGCUCUUCUUCCUAUGCAGCAUGUACACCCCCAUCUGCCUGCCGGACUACCGCAAGCCGCUGCCCCCCUGCCGGUCUGUGUGUGAACGGGCCAAACGGGGCUGCUCCCCUCUGAUGAGCCAGUACGGUUUCGAGUGGCCCGAGAGGAUGAGUUGCGAACAGCUGCCCCAGCUGGGCGACGACUCGACCCUAUGCAUGGACCAGAACAACAGUGAGGCCACCACCCUGGCUCCACCGUUCCCCAAGCCCACCUCUAAAGGCCGGGCCAGACCACCCAGCCCCCCGCAGUGUGACAGGGAGUGCCGCUGUCGAGACCCCCUGGUCCCAAUCAAGAGGGAGUCCCACACUCUGUACGGCCAGGUCCACACCGGUCCCCUACCCAACUGCGCCCAGCCCUGCCACCAGCCCUACUUCUCAGCCAACGAACGCGCCUUCACCAGCUUCUGGGUGGGACUCUGGUCGGUGCUGUGCUUCAUCUCCACCUUGACCACUGUCGCCACCUUCCUCAUUGACAUGGAGCGCUUCCAGUACCCAGAGAGGCCCAUCAUCUUCCUGGCUGCAUGCUACCUCUUCGUGUCUUUGGGUUACAUCAUCCGCCUGGUGGCAGGCCACGAGCGAGUGGCGUGUGGCGCCGGCAGCAAUGUUGGUGGCGACCAGCUGCACAUCCUCUACGACACCACUGGCCCCGCUCUCUGCACCCUUGUCUUCUUGUUGGUGUAUUUCUUUGGCAUGGCCAGCUCCAUCUGGUGGGUGGUGCUGUCCUUCACCUGGUUUCUGGCUGCGGGGAUGAAGUGGGGCAGCGAGGCCAUCGCUGGAUACUCGCAGUAUUUCCACCUCGCUGCCUGGCUCAUCCCCAGUGUCAAGACCAUCGUCGUCCUGGCUCUCAGCUCUGUGGACGGGGACCCUGUGGCUGGGAUCUGCUACGUGGGGAACCAGAGUCUGGAAAGCCUGAGGGGUUUCGUACUCGCACCUCUCGUGGUUUACCUCUUCACCGGCUCGCUUUUCUUACUCGCCGGCUUUGUUUCUCUCUUCCGCAUCAGAAGCAUCAUCAAGCAAGGUGGCACCAAGACCGACAAACUGGAGCGGCUGAUGAUCCGCAUUGGGCUCUUCACGGUGCUGUACACCGUCCCCGCCACCAUCGUGGUGGCCUGCCUGGUCUACGAGCAGCACUACAGGCCCGGCUGGGAGCGAGCCUUGGCCUGCUCCUGCCCGUCUGAGCGCCAGCGCUUGGGCGUGGGCCCGGACUAUGCCGUCUUCAUGCUCAAGUACUUCAUGUGCUUAGUGGUGGGCAUCACAUCAGGAGUCUGGAUUUGGUCAGGAAAGACCCUGGAGUCCUGGAGGAGGUUUGUCACACGAUGCUGCCCCUGCUGGCCACAGAAAGCCACUGCUCCACCCUCCAUGUACAGUGAGGCCAGUACUGCUUUAACUGGACAUACUGGAACUGGGCUGACAUCAGGGAUCUACCACAAAGCUGUUCCAUUGCAUAUAUGAACUGACUGGCACAGUUACGAGGAUUGAUGUUCAUACAGUCACCUCUCUGGACACUCAGACAUAAACUAAAGUAAGUGUGGACCAACAUCUGGAGGACUGUGUGCCCUGAAUAUCAGCUUCGCGCAAAAACUAGAUGAUUGUGACAAUAUGACACACAAGGGACCAAAAGAUUCAGAGCACAAAAAAGGGAAAAAAAUAAACAAACAACCCGGUUAAUAGGAAUUUAAACGAAGAGAGUUUGACUUUUGUGAAAAGUGACUCCAACAAUUGGAGCUGCUUUUCUAAGCGGUCGAGCUGAAACAGCUGACCAAACGACAUUUGCUGAGGAAACAAUCUUCAAACCUAAUAGAGUUCCAUGGAUCCAUGAUGGAAUCACACAUGCUUCUACCUGUCUGCUUAUCCUGAGCACUAAGAGAGAAAAAACAUAUUUAUUUAUGUAUAUAUUGUAUAAAGUUGCUGUAAAAAUAAUUAGGUGUAUGGUGGGAUAUGUUUAGUUUGUAACCAACCAAUGCCAAUGCCACAAGCUAAGUGUAAGACACCAGAGAAACAAAUAUUGUCUGAUUUGAACUGUAUAAACUUGUACAUGAAUGUGUUGUUUCAUGUUAAUGUUUGAGUGUGAUAUCUGGUGUGUUUUGUAUGAUUAGAAACUGAAACAGCUGAGAAACUCUUUGUUUAGGUUUUCCCAGAAGUAAUCUGGGAAUCAAACAAAAAGCAAUUCAGCCUUGAUGGAUACCGUUAUAACCUCUAAGCGCUGUUGUUGGUUUACAUCCCAUUUAAAGUUCCUAAAGUCUGUUUCUGAACUAGUUUUGUUCGUGUUCUGUGAACUAACAGGCAGUGAUUAUGUUAAAGCUGCAGGAUGAAACUGAGCUUGGCCUUUACCCCCCUCUGCUGGUCGACAGUGGAGCUGCUCACUUUGUGUCCACAUCAGGGACUCCCCAACAGAUCAACAUUAGACCACAGACCCUCAGUCAAAUAAGAUUUUGUACCCAAACUGUCUAAAGAAAUCUAUGCAUUACGGAACAGUAGUGGUUACAGUGACAUCCACUAUUGGAAUAGGUUUUUAUUCUAAUUUUUAUAUGAUUUCUGUUUGACAAUUCUGCUGUGGACUCCCUGAUACCAACUCAAGGGCCUCUAAAAAGGUCCCUGGACCUCACGUUGAGAACCAUUGCUCUACUUUUCUUGUGAUUCCAAGACAUGGACUCUGAACAGACAGAUGUUAGGAUUAUACAUUUUUGAAAUAAUUAGUUGAUGGACAGAAAAGUAACCAGCAACGUGUUUGAUAAUCGACUAAUUAUUAAAGUAAUUUAAAGCGGAAAUGCCAAAAAUGUGCAGUGCUUCUCCAAUCCCUGGUCUCCAAAACACCGUUAACUGAUGUUUGCACAGUUGGUUGGAGAAAACUAGCAACAAGCCCCCAAUCAAGACAACAAUUAACAGAUUAGUUGAAAAUGAAAAAACUCAUAGCCCACUUAUUAUUUUUUUUAACCAUUAUGUUGCUUUUAUUGGGACAAUUUCGACUUAAAUGUAGUGACUUCAAACCAAAUCAUUCCGUUAUUAGUCAGAACUAGUGCUGAAAUAUUUAGUCUAGUAAUUCAUUAAAAAUAUGAAUCCCUAAUCAUUUUAAAUUCACAGAAGACAAAACAAGACAUUUUUAGCUAUACCCUCUAAAAUAUGAGGAUUUACUGCUUUUUGAUGAUCUUUAAAAACUAAUUUAAAUUCAAUAUUUUAGGUGUUUGGGACCAUUGCAUAGACAAAAGGACUUUUAAAUGUCCACUUUGAAUGUGUGUCAUUAUGUUUGACAAUUUAUAACAUAAACAAGUGCUUUUGGACAAUGCUGCUUUUCAUCACAAUUGACUGUAUUCUGCUGCUGACUAUUAUGGAAAUCUGUACCGAGUUGUAUGAAACAACAUUCUAGAGCAGAAAGUCUUAGCAGGGGUCUGUGGUUUAAUGUCGAUGAUCCGUUUUAGGAGCCUUGACAACAUAAACUGAAGGAACCGCCCGUCUCCUUUCAGAGGUCACGACAUCGGAAGACAGAAAGUGAACUAAAUGACUGAGAAAUUGAAGAAAAAAAAAAAUAACCACAUUUGUUUUCUGCUGUGAUGGUCUGUGAUAUUUUCAUUCAAUGCUGUUGGCCAAUUGUGUUGUUUAGACUACUGUGUGUCCACAUGCUAGAUGAUGUCUCUAAUUUAUUAGCCUGAUUUGUGCGAGUGAAUGUGAUUGUGUGAGCAAUGAUGAUGGACGCAAGUUAGUGUUGGUAAACUGCUUUGUUAUUGAUAGAGUUCCUCAAAGAUUAUAAAAAAAAAAUAUUGUAGAUUUUGAUUCAUAUUGUGGAAUUAAAACUGAGUUGAUCUCGAGUUAAGUGCA